AUGGCUAACAAAUUGAUCGUAGUUCUUGCUGAUAAAGCAGGAAAUAGAGUUUUGGGGCAAGGUUGUUUCGUUAGCGUGAACUUAACACCGUGUGAUAGACGUGCUCCACCUCAAACAAUCGAAACAAUGAACAUAGUGAAUAUUUUACCGUCAUCAAUAAUAAUUAACAUCGAUCCGAAGUAUAUAACAGCACUUCAUGAUGCAAUAACAGGAUUUCCUGUAUAUGUUAAUGGACCUCGUCGACUAGCAAUUAGUCAACACAAUUGGAAUGAAAUGCAUGUAUUAUAUAUCGAAGCUAAACAUGUCAAUAUAGCUGUUUGUAUUCUAUUAGAAACGUUUACACAAUUUGAUGAACAACUUGAAAAAGAUAUAUUUGAUUUUGUUAUUCAACAAACCAUUCUUCAUAGACAAGAUUGGCCAUAUGAAGCCGAUGCUAAUUUACUUCGUUUAGUUUUAAAUAUUAUUGAUUUAGCUGAUCAUUUUUGA